UGCGCGAUAUAAGUGCUAGUAUUGUACUGAGAUGAUCAGUGGGCUUGGGAGCGCGCUAUCAUUCGUCAGUUGUUGCAUCAUCUAGACCAUGUCGGGAGACAAAGUGUUCCACUCGAGGUCGAAGGGUAUACCCUCAGAGGGAGUGAAGGACCAGUACGCCGACGGGAAAGCCGCGAAGAUCUGGAAGAAGUAUAUCGGUGACAGCAACGAGCGAACGCAGAACUACAAGGAUUUCUUGACAGGUCUCCUGAAGAAACAUGGCUGCUCGAAGGUUCUGGACGCCGCCUGCGGUACUGGUAUUGACUCCAUGAUGUUGGUGGAUGAGGGAUACAAGGUGGUCUCCGUGGACGCGUCAGACAAGAUGUUGAAACACGCGCUAAAGGCGCGCUGGGACAAACGCAAGGACGCCAGAUACGACGCCUGGGUGAUAGAAGAAGCUAGCUGGGAAACUCUGCCGGAAGACAUCAACCGUUUCCAGCCCGGCGCUAAAUUUGACGCCAUCAUCUGCCUCGGCAACUCCUUCGCCCAUCUUCUAGAUGAUUACCCGGACCAGAGGACACAGAAGAUGUGCUUGAGGAACUUCGCGACAGUUCUCAAACCUGGCGGCCUGCUGUUCAUUGACCAUAGGAACUACGACGCCAUGAUCGAAGGCAGAGGCGCACCGGGACACUCCAUUUAUUAUAAUUCAAAAUACCCCGUGGACAUGAAAACAUCGGUGCUGGUUGUACAGGGCAAGCCCGAGCUAGUGGCACUCGACUACUGCAUCGGAGCGACCAAUGACGGCGCUAUCAGCGAAUACAGCGAAUUCCGGUUGUGCUACUACCCGCACAGACUUGAAAAGUUCACACAGAUGUUGGAUGAAGCAUUCGACAACAAGGCGAAGCACAGUAUAUACGCAGACUUCAAACCGCUGAGCCAAGUAGAAAACCCGGCAUACUAUAUACAUGUUAUGCAGAAAGCAUUAAAUUAAUUUAUUACUAAAGUUAUUGUAAAUAGGAACUAUAAUACUCUGUAAUUGUCCUAAAACAUCAAAAAGUGUAUGUUUUCCCUAAAACUCAAUACCCACCAGACUUCAAUGUAAAUAGACGUACAUGUUUUACUUAUACAUUAAACACUGGAUUUUACAAUUUGUUGUAUAAAUAUAAUUUGAAUAAAUCUAUUUUUAAUUACUA